AUGUUUCCACCAAGCUGUUCCAGGCCUGGAGUGGCACGCUGGAACUUCCAGAGGCUUGUAGACCUGAAGCAGUGUGAUGUGGUCCAGGUAGUUAUCACACACACGUAUACACACUCACUCAAUCACUCACUCUGUUUUGUUGUAUAAUUAUUUUCACUUAAGAAAAUUGUUCCUCUCUCUUUUGGAUCUGACACCACUAUUAUCUCAACCACAGCCCUCACAGCUGCAGUCGUCUGCCCCUGAUACACCGGCCGCAACA